AGGUUGACUGCUUUUACCAGUACCUACCAUGCAUGAGCAUGGUCAGAUGCUGAUUAAGUUGACUUUCACGCUAUGAAUAUAACACCUGUGAUAAUGGUUCGCGACUAAUUCCUAAGAUAACUGCUAUUGUUUUUGCUUUGCACAACAACCCAUACCUUGAUUUACAUACACAAUAUCCUCUUCAUACAUGAGAAUGCAUGUAGACGUGAAUCAUUCGUAGAACACACAGCAAUAAGUUUUUUUUUCAAGUGCUACCUUCUUCGCUAUUGAUUAACUUUAGGCCUUCAUGUCAAAGAAUGUUGGUGGAUCCUCACCCCAUCUUCAAAAAUUAGCGUUGCCGGUCCCUCUUGCUGCUUAGGCGAGAGGAGUCGCACUAACAGACCACGGAGAUGAACAUGGAGACUGAUUCUGAUUGAUAGAGGAAGUUCUCCCACGUCUUCGAGCAGUUUGGGUGCAUCCUACUAGAAAGUAGAGGGAGCUGGGCAAGAUGGAUCGUCCAGCGACAGCUCCAGCAGAUGCCAAAGGCGAGAUCCAAAAGGCCCGCCAGGCCAUGGCGGAAGGGAGGCCUGUGGUUUCCAUGGUCAAGGUAGCUGGUAUAAUGAACCAGUACGCCUCUAUGAAGAAGAUCCAGCUUGCAGGAAACCGAAGGAAUGUACGGGAAAGUGAUGCGGUACUAGUGGUCGGGCAGUGACCUUCUUGUUUAUCCACCUCCUGCAACCAGAAAAUACUUUCAACUUAUUUUGUCUAUUAAUUUAUAUCUCAUCUGGUCUAAUCUUCUGUGUCCUCAUUCAUCAGUGUCAAUAAAAACUGCUGUAUUUUAUCGGAUGGAGACCCCGAUAACUGCAGACUAUUACAGCGACUGUGGGUAAGCAGAUAGCCAAAAAAAAACAUCAAUAACUCAGAUGGAGAAGGAGAUGGAGCGCAUUCACCACGUAAUCGCGGAAUUGAUAGUAGCGAUGGACUUCAAAUUUUUUGAGAGAAUGAGUUUAAAGCAGCUGGUACGGACAGCUGGGUUGAUGGAGGUUAGAAAAUUCACCGCAGGCGAAACCAUCUUCCGGAAAGGAACGACAGGUGUCUUUUUUAUGAGUAACUCCUUACAAAGUGAAAAGACACUAGGAGAUAAAAUCAAAAAAAGUAUACUACCUUCUAUUUCUGCUCCACUACCACGACCAGGUCAUCAUUUUUAUUGCCUAUUCCUUGGUGAAGUUGACAUAUUAUUGCAAGAGGGUGCUAGGCCAAUCGCUUGUUUGGGCCCAGGCGAAAGUUUUGGAGAAUUAGCGCUCAUAAACGACACACCACGUGCUGCCACAGUAAGAGCGAAGACAGCAGUGCUCUGCGGAUUGCUUUCUUAAGAAUGGAACAGAGAAAUUUUUUAACUGUGUUGUAAUAUCUACUUGCGCUGCUGGGAUCUUCAAUGUGAUAUAGUGAAAAAAUAGAGCCUCUUCAAACGAAUCAUUUUCAUUUUUAGUACUCGUCAAUCCUACUUAUAAAAUUAAAAGUUUAUACUUCUUGUACAACAUCAUCUACAUUUUUUUCCUCUUUCAUUUCCCACGGCACACCUUUACGCAAAUGCAGCAGAAUCAAGAAGCCAUCCAGCAAGCACAGUGCUACGCAUGUGUUAAUCACUGCAUUCCGUUCUCGGAGUACAUUCCACCAUUUAAGAGGAAAAUGGCAGCGAUCAUGGAACCUAGGACCAUACAGUGCGACAGAGAGUUAAAUCCAGGGACUAACGGCGCAGAGCAUCUGGUCAUCACGAGAAAAGGCAGCUUUGAAGUAUUUGUGUCUGUGACAAGUGCUUAGCUUUUAACUGAUGAGAUUGAACAGAAUGUCACUCGCUUACUUUUCUAGUGGUGAUUGAGAUCGAUACAUAGAUCUACUUACAAGUAGUACCUAGUGGUUCUGCUUGGGUUCAUCAUUUUCUAUUCUCGAUCUGCUCCCCUCUAGGUCCUCGCAGAUAUCGAGCUAAAUAUGCCAGAGUCAACCAGUCAAAUCCGGUACGACCAAUACGGAAAUGCUGUUGUAGCCGAAGCGAAGAAAAUAAGGAAGAGCUUCAAGCGUGUCCCCAUUAUGAAGUUAGAUAAGCCAGGUAUUGUCUUUUCUUUGUAGAAGUUCCAGUGUAGUUAGACUUCACGUGCUUGUGAGUGAUUUACAGCAUUCUCUUCUAUGCUACAGUUUCUGGCUACGCCUACAACUUUGUCACUCAAGCCUUCUGUUUUCAGGUCUCGCGGAUAUCAAAUCAGGUCUAUCACAUGCUAUCAAAGGAGGCAACCUAUGAAAUAGGGUCCUAUGCUAGCAUAGGUCUCGCGGAUAAUUAUAGGCAAGCUGUUUGGCCAUUACUAUAAUUCUGUAAUUGUAUACCCUUUGCCUAGCCUUAUCUUUUUCCUAGUUAGCUUGGCUCCACCCGUAUUAUAGGCAAGCUGUCAUCUUCAAAUCAGGUCUAGUUUACGGCAUGGGAGAAUGUUUGAUGCCAGGAGGCGCUGAUGCGCCUGGAGUCCGAGAUUGGGUUCCUGGCGCAGCUUUUUUGCAAAUAUACUUGGUCGCGCGUGGCGACGGAGGGGCCACGGCAUUUGUCAUCCCGAAAAAGAAAUUUCGCGCUUUGCUAAAGGAGGAGAUGGAUAUGAAGAUUAUGGCUCCCAAACGGAUUUUGAUCCUCCCAGACAUGGCGAGGAGGGUCUCCACUUCGCCUCCUAUAAACAUAUGACAACUAGUACACUUUCAUGACAUACCAACUACAUCAACAUGUAUGCCCUAGUUUGUAGAGAAUCAUGACCACUUCAUCUCUAAAAAACGAUGGUGUGAACGAUAUCACCAGGUGAAAUUUCGUUACCACAUCGCGCAGGUCAAUAGCAUAUGCCAGACGCUGAAUCGGAGCGACUUUUUGAUGAAGAAGAGCUUCUAUAUGAUCAAAAUCUAUGAAGAAAUAGACGACAUGAACAAGAAAUUCCAGGAUCAAGUGGAAUGGAGGUAUUGAAUUUUCACUGAGAUCAAUAUGACUUAUAAAACUAUUCGUAAAACCAAGAGGAAGGAGGUUGAGGUAUGGAAUUUUUUUAGUAUCUAUGUCGCGACUGAUGUUUGAUCGAGAUAUCCUCAAGAAGAAUUAUAGAAUCAUCUACCCCAGCAACAACUGCAAGGGACCAAGGCCCGAAGAACCUGCCCAUUUUUGAGUACAACCCAUUUUGAGCAGGUACUUCCUGGAAGAUAUUCGAGAGCGGGGUGCAGAAAAGAUGACGUGGCAAAGACUUAAAGCUGCGGCAGAACAAAGGUUUGCUGGCAAACGAAACGUGGUCUUAGACCCUGAGCUUCAGCCGCGUAAGGAUGACGGCAGUUUGGCUGUUACAAGAGAUAAAACGUGGGAUUACAUCUAAAAGUUGGAGGAUGGUCUCAAGAACCAUCUAGUUGUUGUUGUUCGCCAGAGGAGAAGCGGAGGAGCAACUCGUACCUCUUCUCAGUGCAUAUUUCUCAUCUCAUUUCAACCAAAUGUACUAAUUCAUACAGAAGUAGACAAGAGUAGCUUCUCAUUUCAUUUCAAUAGACACGCAAAUAAGGACUCUCAUUUCAAUAGACACGCAGAAGUACUAUCGUAGAUUCUUAUGUAAGAAAAACGAGAUAUACUUGCCAUAUUUAACGUAACUGAAUACAUUCACCAUUGUGGACGAGGCGCGCGGCUGCUACGUAAUGUUUCUGUUGUACAACAAGCGGUUAGUAGAAGAGGACAGUACAGAGCUGACAUAAAAUGUACACUGCUAUGUUUGGCUCUUAUCGAGUACGUGUAUCUGUUCAUUCUGACAGACUGUUGUAUGAACUUCUUGUUGGAACAAAGAACUGAAAUUUAUUUUCCAUUGCAUAGGCUUAGGCACACUCACAUAAUGGCCCAUCGAUGCGUAGCAGAAGUCACCGUGCGUUCUCCCGUCUGUAGACCGAUAGGUUAAGGUAAAUAUCAUAUGCUUACACGUCAUUGUUUUGCUACUGGAUUUCACGAAUUCACAUGGCUAUCGCAUGAACUGAAACUCAAGAAAAGAAUUAAAAAAAAAAACGAAGAAAGCAAACAUAUUCAGGACCUCUCUACUCGAAG